AUGUCUGCUAUGGAAAUUGAUCAACAUGCUCCCAAUGGAACACUUUCCACUGACGAGCCUGUGGUAACUGGCAUUAUCUAUCCACCUCCCGAUAUCAGAAAAAUGAUUGAUAAAGCUGCAGCCAAUCUUGCCACCAAAGGACCAGAAUUGGAAAACCACAUUCGAGAGACCAACAAAGAUGGCCGCUUCAACUUUUUAAAUCCAAAUGAUCCUUAUUAUGCUUAUUAUCGAUUCAAAUAUCAAGAAGUAAAGGACGGCAAGGCACCUCAGGUAAAUGCCAAUGCUCAAGAUCGAGUGCAAGAGCCUGUCAAAUUACAGCCCGUCAGCCUUGCACCCAAAGAGCCUGAACCAUUCGAAUUCUCUGCCACCAUGCCUUCAAUGUCUGCCCAAGAUUUGGAUAUUAUGAAAUUAACAGCACAAUUUGCAGCCCGUAAUGGUCGUGCCUUCAUCAGUCAACUUGGUCAACGUGAAUCCAGAAACUACCAAUUCGACUUUUUGCGUCCAUCGCACAGCUUGUUUCCGUAUUUCACUGAACUCGUUAAACAGUACACCAAAGUAUUUUUACCGCCUAGGGAUUUGCAAGAGAAACUGCAAGCAAACAAAGACAACAAAUACCACAUUCUGGAACGAGUCAAGGAACGAGUUGAAUGGGUGGCAUGGCAAGAAGCUGAAAAGAAAAAGAAGAAUGACGAGGACGAGAAAGAAAGACUUGCGUAUGCUAGCAUCGAUUGGCACGAUUUUGUCAUUGUCGAGACUGUAGAAUUCACAGACGCAGAUGAACAGGCUGAACUGCCACCACCCAUGAGCUUGUCAGAACUGGAAAGCAUGUCAUUAGCUCAAAAACGACUUGCCGCCAUGCCUACAGAAGCAUUAUCACAACAACAAACACCUGCAGAGCCGGAAGAUGUGGAUAUGGAUGAAUCAGAUGACGAAGUAAGCGGCCAACCUGCCGUUCAGCCUAUGGCGAUGCCCAAGUUGCCAGAUACAUCAGCACCUAUCAAAAUUCGUACAGACUACAAGCCCAAAUUGUACGGCACUACACCCAGCAAGGGCGCUGUGCCUACCGAGCUUUGUCCUCGUUGCGGUGAAGCUAUUCCUGUUGCAGAAAUGGCUGAACAUAUGCGUAUUGAAUUGCUCGAUCCCAAGUGGAAGGAACAAAAGAUGGCCAUGGAAGCCAAGCAGAGAGACAGUAAUUUGUUGCAAGAGGGUAACGAUGUGGCCAAGAUCUUGAAGAACAUUUCUGGCCUGCGUCCCGAUAUUUUUGGAUCUGAUGAAGUGGAUGCCAACAAGCGUAUCCGAGAGCAAGAGGAGGAGGCCAAGAGAAAGGACAGAGUGAUCUGGGAUGGCCAUACAGCUACUAUGGGAUUGGCUAAUCAAAGAGCUCAAAAGACCAGCAUCGAAGAUCAAAUUGCCAAUAUGCAUAAAAAGGUUACUGGCGAUGUCAACAUUGGCCCUCAAAUUCCAGGACAACAGCAGCAGCCAGAAUACACGCCAUUGCCGCCACCCACAGCAUUCUCUGCACCUCAAUAUUACACACCCGAUCAGCAACAAGCAUUUGCAAAUCAAGUGCCCGGUGUCAUGUACAACAAUGCACUCCCUCUUCAUUCUCCUCCACCACCACCCGUCAUGAUGCCACAACCACCCAUCACACCUGCCGUACGCAAAAUGGACGAAUCGGAUUCAGCAGCUGAAAAGAAGCCUCGCUUAGAAGAGCCUGAAUGGCAAGCACCACCUGAUCUCUCCUUUUCCAUUAACAUUCAAACACCCACCAUGCCUGAUAAACCAGAAUGGAAUUUGAACGGAAGCACAAUUUCCGUGCCUGGAUUAUUACCAAAUACGCUCAUCUCCACAGUAAAAGAUCGUAUUGCAUCUCAACUGGGCAUGCCAGCUGGUAAACAAAAGCUCUCCAACGCCAACACAGUACUCAACAACUCCAAGACUCUGAGCUUUUAUGGCAUUAGCGAGGGACACAGCCUGGUUUUAGAAGUUAGAAAAAGAUAA